UUUUGUACGCUGAACAGAAAGGAUCCCUCUUGCGUCGGUUUCUCUCUCGUGCUUGAUUUUUCGGUGUAACUUUCCUGUGUAGUCGUUAAAAUUAAUCGUUGUUUGUAGACUUGCUGUGUAUUCAUUUGCGUAGAAAAGAGGUAAUCUAAGUGUGUAUAGUAAUUGUGGUGAGUGGCGGAAGAAUCUAGAAGCCGAAUAGAAAGAGAGAGAAGGAUAGAGACGAUGGAAAGUGUGGAAACUUCAAACAAUUAUUCUCGCAAGAGAGCCCACAGCAUGGAGGAGAACGACGUCGUGACCCCCCUGGAGCCCCUGACCCCCUCCUCCUGCGGCGGGGGCAUCUCGGCCUCCUCCUCGUCCGAAUUCACCAGGAAGUAUUACCGCGAAGUGCCCCACAGGGUGUUCGUCAACCGUAGCUUGCACUUGGAAAAAAUACGCUUCUUCGGUUUUGAUAUGGACUACACACUAGCAGGUAUGUAUCACUACAAAUCUCCCCAGUACGAGACACUCGGAUUCAACUUGUUGAAAGACCGUCUCAUCAUGAUUGGUUAUCCCGAAGAAAUCAAGGAAUUCGAGUAUGAUCCACGUUUCCCACAAGGUCUGUGGUUUGACCGUGUCUACGGAAACUUGCUCAAAGUGGAUGGUUUCGGCAACAUUCUUGUUUGCGUUCACGGGUUCAAGUUCCUAAAACCAUCCGAAGUCUACGAGCUAUACCCAAACAAAUUCAUCCAGCUCGACGAAUCGAGAAUCUACGUGAUGAACACCCUCUUCAACCUGCCAGAGAUUUACAUGAUUGCCUGUCUUAUAGACUUCUUCAGCAACUCUCCACAGUAUGUCAAGCUUCCAGAAGGGAUCAAGUCAGGUGAUCUAUAUAUGAGCUUCAAGAGCAUAUUCCAGGACAUCCGAGGAGCUGUUGAUUGGGUUCACAUGAAGGGAGAUUUAAAAAAGAAAACAGUCGAAGAGGUUGACAAGUAUGUCCACAAAGACGAGCGCUUGCCUCUGUUGUUGGACCGAAUGAGGGAUUCUGGGGCAAAGGUGUUCCUCCUCACGAACUCUGAAUACUGGUACACUAAUGCUAUCAUGGAGUUCCUUCUUAGUUUCCCUGAUAAGAAUGGAGAAGUGAGAGACUGGAAAACAUACUUUGACUUCAUUGGUGUGGAUGCCUGCAAGCCAGUGUACUUUAGCGAUGGAACCAUCAUGAGACAAGUUGACUGUGACACCGGUGCUCUCAAGCUUGGCACUCACACAGGAAAGCUCAGGAAAGGACAAGUCUAUUCUGGAGGAAGUUGUGAUGUCUUCACUGAACUGAUGGGUGCCAAGGGAAAGGAUGUCUUAUAUGUUGGAGAUCACAUUUUUGGUGACAUUUUAAAGAGCAAGAAGAUCAGAGGGUGGCGUACUUUCCUUGUAGUACCAGAAUUGGUUCAAGAACUUCACGUAUGGACCGAGAAGUGUUCCUUGUUCACCAAACUGCAGACUUUAGAUGUCAUGCUGGGCGAUUUAUACAAGAACCUAGAUUCAAGUACCAAUGAAAGACCAGACUUGAGCAAAGUUAGAAGUGCUAUAAAGGAAGUUACUCAUGAGAUGGAUUUGAGCUAUGGCAUGCUUGGUUCAGUAUUCAGAUCGGGAUCAAGACAAACUCACUUUUCUACACAGGUUUCAAGAUACGCUGAUGUGUACGCAUCUACAUUAUUGAAUUUAAUCUAUUACCCCUUCAGUUACAUGUUCCGUGCCCCAGCUAUGCUUAUGCCGCACGAGUCUACUGUGGCACAUGAGCAACGCUUCCAGGUUGGCGAUGGUCCUAUUUCCACACGUUCCCGAGCUUCCAGUGUUCAAGGAGAUACUCUAGAGAAUCUACAGUCGAAGAGGCCUAAGGUUCUAGAGAGAACUCAGUCAUUGGUUCCUCAUGCAAGGGCAGAAACUCCAAAGAGAGUGACUCAUCAUCAUGAUGAAGAUGACUCUGAAGAGGAGAGUGACAAGUCUUCCUAAGUAGCUUUUAAAACCAUAGAUUCUAUUCACAUUAAUGUGAUAUCAGUAUUUUCAAUUUCUAGAAAAAUAGUUUCUGGUAUUUCUAACUUUUCUUAAUGUAUUUUAGUUAGCUUACCAUUUUUUUUUAAAUGGCUUUUAAUAGUCAAACCUACUGUUUAGUUAGAUUCUGUUGAAGAGAAAUCUCAAAGGUGGUAACACAGAUUAGAAACUGGUAAUAAGUUUAAUAUAUUUUUCCUUUGUGUGGAGAAAAAAAGUGCUUUUGUAUUUGACAUAUAUUAAGGAAUAAUUCACUACUUUAAAAUAGUUUGUAAAUUUCCCAAAUCCAGUCACCAUAUUACACUGAUGAAAGUGGACAAUCGUUUACUGCCAUAGUUUAACAUUUGUUAAAGUUGUUAAAUAUGGAGGUGAAAUUAUAUUAGAUGUUAAAGAAAUAUAUAGAGCUGAAACUUCAUGUUCAAAGUUUUAAAAGAUUUUUAUUUGCAGUUAAGGCAAUUUAAAUGACUUUAAUACAGUUUAGGGAUUGUUACCAUUUCAUAGUUGCUCAUUCUGAUAUUAAUUGUGAAUUAUCCACCGUUAUGCUUAAAUAUCUGACAAUCUUCAAAAUAUAUUUUUAACUUAUACAUGUGAAUUUAGUUUGAAAAUCUGGAUAAUUCUUCUGUUUCUGUAAACAACUUUCUUUAGAGUAAGACUGCAAAUGUGGUUUAUGGUUUAUUUCAGCACUGUUAGAUAGAAAGUGUUAAAUAGUUUUCCAGAUCCAUAUAACUGUUGGUGGUGUCAUUCAUUUGAAAACUGUAGUUCUGUGUUCUUGCUUUUAAAUUUCCAGAUUGUAAAUGUCAACUUUUUUUUUUCUUAUAGUUUGCAGAACAUCUGGUAUGAACUUGAGCUUUUAAUUCUUUCAGUGUUGGUGCUUUUAUUUUCACUGGUGGACAAAUUUGGUAAAAAUGGGCUGACUGACUACGCAGUGUCCUCAUUUAUAAUGUACUGGUUUUAAGGCUACAUAUAUCAUUGCAUGUUCUGCCAUUUAUAUUGUAAAACAAGUUGUACGUACAUCAUAGUUGUCACUACAUAAUUAUUCUGAUAUAGGACAUUUUAAAAGUAAGGUAAUGAAAUGCAUUAUUACUAUUAUAGAGACCAUUAACAUUGCAGUGUUAAAUAUAACUUUCUAUCAAUCAUUAUGAUUAAUAAUGUAGACAGUUUAAAACCAACAGUAGGUAAAUUUGAAUGAUUUGAUCCUCUAGGAUUUCACAUUAAGCAGUUCCCAUAACAUGUACAAGUAAUUUAAAAGUACUUAAGUGAUAACAUUUACAGUAGGCUGAUUCAUGGAAGGUUGAGAAUGCAUGAGAAAUUUUUGUAGAUAUUGAAGUACAGUAUUCAGAUCUAAUCUCUGCUGGUGGGCGUUUUUUUCUGCCAUAGAUUGUGGCACAAAAUGUAUGCUGGAACUUUGCGCAUCUGCAGCGAGAGUAAGACAUAUUUGGUGUUUUGAAUACAUAAUGUAUGAAGAACUUUCUUGAAUACUGCAUGCAUAUUUUGUAUUCACUUAGGCCUAGAAGAUUACCUCCUAGAAAUAGGCAGUUUAGUUGGCAAAAUGACUUAAUUCCUUGCUCUUUAAUUUUGGCAGCUUUGAAAUUUUUAGGCAGGUAGUUGAUUUAGUGCCUUUAGAAUUUUAAUGCGUCCAUUAGGUAAGUCAAUAGAACAUUGUAAUAUUAAUGCUUAGAGAGUUUUACUUCUAAUGUAUUUACGGAGAUAAGUUACAGAUGUUACUGUCACUGAAUACUUUCAUCAAAUCAAAUUAUCAUUGCAUUAGAAAACUUGUUCUAAAACUAACAAUUUGUUAAAACCUUGUCUCCAAUACCUUUUUGCUAAACUUAAUUUAUAUGUUAGGGUGUGACACAAAAUGGUAUAUAUAAUCUAUAGCAAUACACUGGGUGGUUUCAGAGGGAUAUACUGUAGUUGCAUUCCAUUACUUAGCACUUUUCAUCACAAGCACCUGUUUUUGUUACUGUCAUGAAUGGAUUUCUUUUGCAGGUCUUUGAGAUACAGUAGUCUAUUUUUUUCACGUAGGAUAGGUAAAUCAUUUUUGCAUAGACUGUAUAAUGAGCAUUUUACAGUAGUUAAGAUUUUGUUUUCUUGUAUUUAGGGGUUGUAAAAAGAAAUUUACUAUGUAACGUAAGAACUGUAUUGAGCAAAAUACAGUACUUAUACGAAAUCUGUGAUAAUCAAUCGUCACACAUACAGUCCAUAGGCAAGUCUUUUUGUAGAAGUUAAAAAACUUUUUAAUAAAUUUGUAUUUAUUUAUUUAUUAAUUUUUGUAGGAUGAAGUGAUACGCUGUCAGUAUUGCUUAGACUUUUCAUUUUUCAGCCGUUUCAUACAAUGAAAUGAAAAUAUGAUGCAUGUAUAUAAUUGGGUGUAGGUUUGUAACACAUACAGUAUAUUUGAUGCAGUAUAUGCUAUUUAAUAGUUCUGUAUGUACAUAUAUAAUUUUGAGUCCAUGACUCCGAAAUCUAUUGUUUUUGUUUAAGUGAUUUCAUAAGUUAUAUUUGGUCAGAGAUUUGAAGGGAAACAUUCCAGAUGAGGAAUAUUUUGCAUGGACAAAUUUUCAUAAUUGCUUUUUACUUGUAAUGGUAGACUGCAUAAUAGAUACAAAUAGGACUUUUUAUAAGUAGCACUGGUGAAAAAAGAAAAACUUUGUUACAUCAUUCACAUGUAGGUUGCAGUUUUGAUGUUCUUAGGGAUAUCUUCAACUGACCACAGCCUUAAACUACCGUUCUGUGAUGAAGAGCAGUGUUUGAUGGCAAUUUGACUUCAGAUUUGCCCCAUCUGUACAGGUAGAAAAGAGCACAAUUCUUCUUAAAUAUUACUUCAAAUUACAAGUGAUUACCACAGCAGGGACACUUACACUUUUAUUAGCAGUCUAAUGGUGCUUUCAGCCAAGUGGGUUAGCAUUUUUAUUUUAUAUUUCCACUUGCGGAGUAAGUUGUUGUUAUCUAACUAAACCUCUUCGUCAGGGUGGUAAAACAGGUCGUUAAUUUGAUACGAGCAGUUAGUAUUGUGUAAGGAUGAGACUCCAAACUUCUGUUAUUUGUGGAGAUGAACCCCACUUAAAUUUGACAACAUUGCCCCAAAGUUAAAUUCAGAUUGGCAGAUGGGACCAUAAAGGAGUUCAGUAUGAUUGUGUAUGAUCUAUGCAAAGUAUAUACUUGUUGAUUUAGCACAAUACUGUAUUAGGAUUUAACUAUGAAUCUAUGUACAUUACUGUACAUGCUUGUUUUCUUUUUAUUUUUAGGCAUCAAGCUUAUUUUUUAUUGUGUGUUUGUAUUAGUGGACCAGAAAUUGUGUAAAAGAUUUUCUCACUUAUGUACAUGAUGCAUGAAAUAUAAAAUAAUAAUUUA